CUUGAUCCACACUCCAGUCCAGACGGUGGCGGUAAUGCACGUUUAAACGUGUUUGCCAACCGCCAAUAAAACACCAAAGAAGAAGACGAUAUGUUUGCUUUUAUUUGUGUUAUGACUUCAGGAGACGCGACAGGAAGAGUUCAGUGAAACUAGCGAACAGGCUUUAUAUGAUGGACUGGAGCUGAUCGAAGGGUUCACACCGAUCUGGAGCUAAAGCCAAAGCUAAUGCUGGUUUUAACACGGCUCGCGUCUCCUGAAGAGAGUUAACCAGCGACGCGUUCGAGAACAGCAGGAGUCCGCCUCAGAUGAGCGCCACCGGAUCCGCUCGGAGAUGAGUCCGCAGAAGAAGAUGAAGAAGCGGAAGGAGCUAAACGCGCUCAUCGGCCUCAGCGACAGCCGCAGGAAGAGCAAGCAGAGCAGCGGACACCGGCUGCUGCGGACCGGGACCGGAAGCGGAACCGGAACAGACACCGAGAGCGAGUCCGAGUCCGGUGCAGACGAGCGGGGCUUCGGCGGGGCGGUCUUGCUGCGGUGCUGCUCGCUCUGUUACCCACUGUGUGUGUUCCUGGUUCUUGCGACGUGUGUCAUGGUCUCUGCCGGACUCAUCUGGAUGCAGAUCACCCUCAAAGAGGACCUGGGCUCCAUGAAGCAGAAGAUCCUCAUCAUGGAGAGCAGUCAGAAGCUCUCAUCACACGAGAUCCUGAAGCUCAGCGAGGACCUGAAGAACAAACAGAUGAAGCUGGACGAGCUGGAGAGCGGAGACAGAGGCCUGGCCAAACUCUGGUCCAACCUGAGCGAGAUCAGUCUGAAGCUCAGCGCUCUCGAUUCUGCCGUGAAUCACCUCAAGACCAACAUUAAAUCAUCCUCCGAUCUGAUCACACUGCCGCGGACGAUAGAGGAGCUGCAGAAGAGCGUGGCCUCCAUCAGCAGCACCGUCACCAGCGUGCAGCACGAUGUCUCUCUGAUUCAGUCAGUGGUGGAGGAGAGAAGGGCUGAAGAUCAGCUGAAGGACAGCGCUAAUGAAGAGAAACCUGUGAACAGCAGCAGCUGUGUGACACUGAAGCAGGAGCUGGAGCGUCUGGAGGACGGGGUGAAGCAGAUGAAGCGCUCCGUGCUGCUGCAGGAGUCCAGCUCGAGCGAACAGAUCCAGAGCGUGCGCUUCGUUCUGUCAGACCUGAGCAGACGUCUGUCAGCGCUGGACCAGAGCCAGUCCAGAGACACGUGUUGUCCACCUGUGAUCCAAUCAAAACCUGUCGUCUUACGAAGUGUUAACGGCCUACGUUACUUACAUUUUAGACAAUGUAGAUGAGCUCCAGCAGGGUGGAUGGUCUUUGAGCUCUGAGGAACAGAAGGAGUCUUGAUCCGGAGCACCACUGAUUCACUGACUGAGCUCAGUCUCGGCUCGGAGCAUCACACAUCACCUACUUCAUCUCAGAGAAGAGUCUGUCUUUCAGACCUGUCAGGAACAGGCCAGAAAUCACAGGAAUCAUUCUUUACCUGAAGACAGUGAAGCCCAGAUGUUCUGCAUUGUGACGCUGUUUUAAUGCAGUUUUAGCCUGAAAUCUAGUCUUUGUUUUCCAGAAUAAUGCAGUAGAUUGAGAUAUUCGUCUACUUCAGAGGAGCUCCAUGUGCUAAUUUUACAGAAAUUAAAGUCACAGUACAGACGGUCAUAAUGAAAAACGGCUUCGCUUUCUUUGAAUAAUAAUCCCAUGAUUCUCGGUGAACGGUGACAUAAUUUCACAAGUUUCACUCUUUAAUAUUUAAAUAUUUAUUGGUCUCCGAAAUUAUUCGAAGUCUGUAUGAACUGAGGGAAAUUAAGAUUAAUUUAUGCUACAUUACUGUCAGAUCUAGCAAUAAUAUGAUCCAUACAAUUGCAUUCAGUAAAUAUGAUCAUCAGAUAUUUAAGAGAGUAUAAUGCAGUGCACUUAACUGCUUAUCUUUUAUCCGGUUUAGGUUUUAAUUUAAAGAAAUGUUUGAGAGCACUUCUGCUCAGUUGAUUUGAGCUCAUGAAUGUUCACAUGUAUAUAUCUGUAUUUCUGUGUUCGGUGUGAAUAGUUUCUGCACUCCCGUCACGGCCCUUUGAAAAUAAUAAUGUCUCACAAACUUUACUGUCUCUUUAUGUAACCAGAUAAAAGCUGUAAAUAUUGUAGAAUUUGACAUUUCUAUGUAACUGAUUCUAAGCAGUUUGAAGAUUGAAACCUGAUGAGAUGAAAUUGCAUCUGUGCGUGUGAGUUUUGCAUGUUCCCUUGCAACAUGAAUAAAAGCUCCUUUUAUCUGA